AUGGAGAAUGAUCUAAGGCAUAAUGAAGAGGAAGAUGACUGGUUGAGGAGGAGGCAAGUCGGUGUGGAAGACGGAAACAGGAUAGGGUUGGGCGAAGAUGAGAGGAGAGGUUCAUCAAUUCAGCUGAGCCCUGCCGAGGGAGAACAGGCCGGAAUGCCAAUCGCAGAGCAGCAAGAGAAAGCGGCUGUGAAUAAAGGCGUCGGAGACAUGGUUGAAGGGUCAGAAGUGCGCGUUGAUCCGGUACCAGAAUUCAGAUCAUCAAUGGCACCGACGGCAACCAGGUUGGCCUGGCUGUUGCGAAGCCGCCCAGUCGAUGUGCCACACGCCAUCCCUUCCAACCCAACCAGAAACGAGCUCGGCCGACGCAAGACCGUCGGUGCCGACAAAAGCGACCGGCGGCAGCGGACGGCUCGUUCAGCUCGUCUGCCGGCGUCGGGAUUUCCCGUGUCCAUGGGGCUGGUAGGCAACUGGCGAGGCAGUCUCUCCUUCGCCAGCCAGUACGGCGCCGAUCAAGAGUUGAAGAUGAGCCCAAACGUGGCCGGAGGAGUGCUCGAGGUGGGCGGAGCGGGUGGAGAUGGCGAGAGAAAACAGGGCGCCACCGGCGACCCCGAAACCUCUGCGGACGGACGACUGACCAGCACAGCCAAGACAGCCGGCCCGGCUGCUGUCAUGGCGUCCGGGGUUGGAGGCAAAAACGGUUCGACCAAUGCACCACAAAGUGACACCGGUACCCCCGGGGUGGCAGCCACGGGCUUGCAAGGAGGCGGGCCGACGGGGGGAAGAGGCGUCGUUGGACCGCAUGUGGAAUAUGCCCAUGAGACGAGUCAGCCGAUUUUCGUCAUUUUGCUCACUUUGAUGGCUGGAACUGUGGGCGGCCUGUUGCUGGCCGUGUGCGUCUUGUUCGCCUGCAAGUACUGCAAUCGAAGGCAUUACGGAAAUGGACUCAACUGGCAAGAACGAUAUGAGUGA